GGAACAAUGAAUAAUAUUUCACUUUUUUUCGUUUUUUUCUUUAUAUCUUUUUCUUUUACAUUUUUAAAAAUGAGUAAUUAUUUUGAAAAAUUAUUUAAAUUAAUAUUUAAUUUUUCAAAAAUAGUUCAAAAAUUUCAAAAAUUUCAAUUAUCACAAAAAUUUCAAAAUUUACGAAAAUUAUCAAUAGUUAUACCUUUACAUCCUUUAGAAAGAAUAUUUAUAUUUAUAACUACAAUUUAUAUAAUAUCUUCAAUUUCAUUAAUUACGGAAAUAUUAGGUGAUCAAAUUAAUGGUUAUAUGCGUGUUUCUGACUGGUUAUUAUUUUUAACUAUACCAGGUUUAAUAAUAUGUAGUAUUAUCACCGUAAAGUAUCUUUUAAUUAUUAUUUUUUUUUAUUCAUUAUUUAACUCUUAUUCAUUAUUAUUAAUUAUUUCUAACCGUUUUUUUUAGAUUUAUACGCGAUCAAUUCCACAUUAUACUAUUUUCAUAAUAUAUAACAUAAUUCCAAUUCUUCUUUAUUCAUCUUUAAUCAAUUUUAUAAAAAAUUUAUGCGAUGAAAUAUAUUGUUCUGAACAUGACGGUUUAUUGAAAAUAUCUAUCUCUUUAUU